CAGCAUAUCAAGAGAAGAGGAAAAAAUGUGUUGACCUGCAACAGCCCUAGACAGCUUCCGGCAGAGCCGUUGCAAAGGUAAUGCCGCCGCCCGCCCGUCACCAGCAGCACCAAACACUGAACACGGGGAUCGAAGAUGUCAACAAACGCGGAGGUAACAGAGUUGAAGGAGAAAGGAAAUGAAUGUGUUCGAGCAGGGAAUUAUGCCGAGGCUGUGCUACAUUAUUCUCAUGCAAUCAAGCUGGACAGCUCUUCACCUCAGCUGUACAGCAACCGAUCCUUUGCUUUCCUGAAGCUUCAGCAGUAUUAUUAUGCUCUUGAAGAUGCUAAUGAAUCUAUACGACUUGACCCUACCUGGGCAAAGGGAUAUUUUCGUCGAGGAGAAGUUGAAUUUGCAACUAAUCUCUUUGGUCAUGCCCUAGAGUCUUACCGAAGGGCUUCUCAACUGCAGAAUGACCCCACAUUAUUGGAAUGUGUGCUCAAGGCAAACAGGGAGCUAACUCGACAACAAAAAGUUGACCAGCAGACUCCAUGGGUUGGGGCAGGAAUUGGUUUGAUUCUAGGAGUGCUGGUAGUGGUGGGAGAUGCAGCACUGGCAAAGGAAUCGGUUCUCACACACCCAGUCCUUCAAUCCUUAGUGACCAUUGUGUUCUCCCUCCUGGGCCUUGGGCUGGGCUACUGCUACAGAGCAUACGUGCAGAACACAAGGAAAUCUUUACUAGAACGUCCCCUGGAUUUUAUGGAUAUGGAUGAUGAGGGUGCAAGAAAUGGAGUCACUAAAGAACAAGGGAAUGAAAAAGGACAAGAAGGGGAAGAACGUCGUCACCACCACCCUCGUUACAACAAAGCUCAGGCUCGUCAGCGCUACAAGAAGGGCAAGUCUUAGGCCACAACUAGGCUCUUAAUAGAUCUUUAUACAUUUUUAUGAAUGUAUAGGUUGUUAUGCAGUGAUGGUAGUAUGUUUUUUACACUUUAAGCCUUUGUUACUAUGUCAUUACAGCACUAUAAAGUUUUAUUCACUUGUAGAAAAUGUUAGUAGUGACCAUAUGUAAAGAUAAAUAAUUUGUUAUUGGAUGUUGAGAAAGUAAGUCAAUGAAAACAUGUAAUUCUUACUUUUAUCUUAAAUGAAUACAUUUAAUUAGGCAUGUAUAGGCAACUCCCAUUAUUUGACUACAUUAUUCAACAUUUUGCUUCAGACAUUUCAAAACAUCUACUCUUUCUCAUUGUUUUGCCAUGCAAUCUUCAUUUGUUUCUCGUUUUACAAAUCCAUGCCAGAUUGCAAAUUACAAACAAUUGCCAGAUAGCUGCCCACCUGCCAGCUAUUGCUGCUGGUAGUGAAGACAUAUUUUGGCAUACAAGAUCAAAACUUUCACUCUGCUCUGCUGAGCUGACUGGGAGGGGGGGGCAUGACAUGAACCAAUACCAAUACUAUUUAUCAUUUUCUUAUUGACCUAGUCACAAUUAUAGGGUAUAAAAUUUAUUAGGAAAUUUUCCCAAAGCUAUUAGCAACAUUGUAUUCACUAAAAAUGCCUAUAAUUCUUAUUCUCUUAAGAAAUUUAACAAAGAACAUUGACCCACUUUGUUGUUGCCAAUGAUGACAAAUUAUAUAUAUAUAUAUAUAUAUAUAUAUAUAUAUAUAUAUAUAUAUAUAUAUAUAUAUAUAUAUAUAUAUAUAUAUAUAUAUAUAUAUAUUACCCUCUCGAGUUUUGCGAUCCUCGAGUUUAGGGCUUAGUCCUAAAUUCUUACCAUCACGACUUUCGCGCAUUACCACCACAAGUUUCGCAUUCCUUUGACAUGUACGGGUCGCGUCUACCUACCAUCGGCGUCAUGCGUGCUGCCUUAAAAGGUGGUGUCCAACCAUUGGGGCCAUGGGCAACCGCGGUUGCCCGUAUGCCCAACCGGGAGCAGGUUGUUGGUUGUCCGUAUGAAUGGAAAACGAUUGUGAGUACGAGCGUGGGUACGUGGGUACCGAACGGCUGCAUGUAAACAAACAGACGACGGCAAUGGCUGAGGAGUGAGGAGCAGUGGAAGAUGGCCCACCAAGAGACUCGUAAAAUAGACUGGCAGAGCUGCUUUGCUUACUACUUGAUUAACAAGAUAUGUAAGAGAACACCCCGUGCUGGGGAACCACAGUCCAAAAAACUUUUUUCUCAAAUCUAUGAAAAUUGUAGAUCUCCCAGUGAUGUUUUCCUCUUCUUCUUCAUCUUUUGACCUGUAAUGCAUGGUAGCGACGGUGAAAAGUAGCAGUGGAAAAUAGCAAAAGGUCAUAGAAAACCAAAAUCAGGGAAAGAAAAGAACAGAAAAACACCUAAGUUCAGGGUGAAGUGUAUAAGUGCGCACUGUUAAGUAACUAAGGGGCGCUUUCACAGUCACUGUUUGUUUUGUUUGUUACCAAUGGCGGUGAUCGACACUAUAGUUUUCCACGUGAAAUUGGCCUAUGGGGUAGUGGUGGCUGCAGAGAAAGCGACAGGUGUUGAGAGUGUGUGGUAAGGUGCGGGGCGAGGCUAACCCCACAGCCGCCACGAGGUGCCUUUGUAAAGGCAAUACCUCCGACACCAUCACAUCACAUCACUACCUAUCAGCCAGUUUCACAUGGAAAUACUAGAGCGGCGAUCGCCGCCAUUGGUAACGACCAAUACAAACAAAAUGACUGUGAAAGCGGCCCUAAGUGCAUGUUGUGAAGUAUAAAUGUGUAGAAAAGGAGGACCUAAGAAGCAAUACAAAGCAUUACAGGUCAAAAGAAGAAGAAGAAGGUCCACUAUACACUGGCCGGUGUUGCAAGAAAUAUCUUCCCGCUGAAAUUAGUCGUUCUGCUGUCCACCAAGCAUGCGUGCUGUGGGAAUACACAGCAUUAAAGGUGUUAAUUUGCCUGGAUUUGUUCUUUUUUGUCCGCUUGUGGUUUUUGUGAGCGGUGAGGGAAAUAAGGAAGCAGUAAGCCAGUUGAACCUCUCUGCGAGCUAUUUUGCGAUUGCGGCGGCAGUUUAUGUUCAAUAGGCAUUGAAAAGUCCAUCAUGAUGUUAGUGAUUUGAUGAUAUAUAACAGAAAGAGUUAGCAGAUUAUACCUUAACACACAGAAAACUACCAGAAGCUAUAGGUUUGUCCAACUGUACCACGGGUGACCGCGAGCAACCACCCUUACAUUAGCAGAUGACACCACGUGGAUCACAAGCGUGUAUUCAGAACUGCCAGCCAAUUGUAAGGCAGCCACCUUCAACUGCGGCUUCAGAACGACCUGUUCUCACUUCCCAUUUUCUGCCUAUUACCAAGGUAUGUAUUUUGAUAUAACAAGAGAGUAAAGUAAAAAAAAAAUUGUGAUAACAAGGGAGUCAAGUCGAAAAAAAAAGUAAUUUUUUCCACAGGCCGGAACCAAUAAAUGCUUUUUCAUGUAUUUCAAUACCUCGAGUUUCGCGAUCCUCAAGUUUAGCACUCUACCUUCGGAAUGAAGCAAGCGUGAAACUCGAGAGGGUACUGUA